UUUUCACACGAUUUGGACAAUACAAUUUUUCUCUGACUCCCGGGAUCCUGGGGUCAACAAGGUGUCAGGUUUGGUAGCCCUGAACAACCCCAACAACUACAACAACAAUUAUUAAAUUCUGAUCAAACUGCAGUUGGUGGAUUUGACUUGGUUUCCAUAACUCACAAUGGAAAUCCCCGAGACAGAUAGUGAGGAUGAAAUGGCACCAGGAUGGGAGGAGCGGUGCACGACAGAUGGUCUUGUUUUCUAUGCUCACCACGCCACUAAGACUACCCAGUGGCAUCACCCGAGGACCAACAAAAAGAAGAGAGUUACUGGAGAACUGCCUUUUGGAUGGGAACGACAAAUAACCGAGGAAGGGAAAGUCUUCUUUGUCGAUCACUUAAACCACAAGACUACGUACACAGACCCAAGACUUGCUUUUGCUGUGGAGGAAUCAAAAUCUUUAACUGACCUGCGGCAGCGCUUUGACAGCAGCACUACGGGUAUACAAAUCUUACAUGGCCGGGACUUGACCGGCCGCAUUGCCAUUGUCACUGGAGCUAACUGUGGAAUUGGUUAUGAGACAGCACGAUCCUUGGCUUACCAUGGUUGCACUGUGGUCUUCGCAUGUCGUGACCUAACAAAGGCAGAGGCAGCUAUUGCUCGCAUCCAGAAGCAGAGACCCAGCUCCACUUGUCAUGCACUACAGGUGGAUCUUGCAUCACUCACAAGUGUGAGAAUGUUUGCACACACAUUCUCGGUUAGAUUUGGCCGGUGUGACGUAUUAUUAUUAAAUGCAGGAGUGUUUGGACUGCCUCACACUUUAACAGAAGAUGGACUGGAAACUACAUUCCAGGUCAACCAUUUGUCUCAGUUCUACUUGGCCCUGUUGCUGCAGCCUUUACUUGUGCAGUCCACGCCUGCAAGAGUCAUCUUUGUCUCCAGUGAAUCUCACAGAUUUGCUACCUUGAAUACUGAAAAUAUUUCAGAAGACCUGCUGUCACCUUCACACAAAUCAUCAUAUACUUCCAUCAUUGCAUAUUGUAACACAAAACUGUGUAAUGUUCUCACUGCAUUAGAAAUGCAGAGGAGAUUUGGUGACCAAGGCAUCAACUGCUAUGCAGUGCACCCAGGAAAUGCUGUGUCAACAUACCUUACCCGGCACUGGUGGGCCUAUCGCCUGCUAUAUGCUGUAGUUCGUCCAUUUACAAAAUCUUUGCAGCAAGCUUGUGCAACAAGUGUAUAUUGUGCAGCAAGUGUAGAUAUCUCUAGGUUUGGAGGUAUCUAUGUCAACAAUUGUGUGCCCUGUCUGCCUUCACAGUCAUCACUUGAUAGUAUAUUAUCAAACCGCUUGUGGAUAACCUCUCUCUCAAUGAUAGAGCAUGUACUAGGUAGAAGAGCAUUCAGUAUGCAACCCCUCAGCAAAUGCAAUGAACAGAGUCCAAAUAAUAAAGGUGAGAAAUUCUCUAAUUUGGUCACAAUAGGUGUUUUGUGACUUUAAAAGAAAAGGGGAGAGAGGGCAUUUAUUAUAAAUGCUUACAGUAUACCAUUCUACAUAUAUACCUCUCUUGUAAUGAAAGAGGGAAAAAGCAAGCCAAGAGAAUAACUAUUUAAGCAACAGCUACACUGUACAUGCAAGUGGUUGCAGUUUUUUUUUGAUCCUCAAAACUGGCAAGAACUGAGGCAAUGUAACCAGAUUGGCUUUUUUUUUUUUUUUAACCCAAAUUCACAUGGUUAACCACAGCUAAAUGAUAUUCAUAGAAAAUAAUAAAAAUCAUAAGGGUCACAGUGAUAACCAAAUGUUAAACUAGGCAUUUAAGAAAGUUGCAUUAAGUAUAGGGUUUAGCACUUCUUUUUGAUUAUAAAUGGAGAGUUAGAGGUAUCGGGAAGACGGAGGGAAUAUUUUGAGGAAUUGUUAAAUGUUGAAGAUAGGGAAGCUGUGAUUUCGUGUAUAGGGCAAGGAGGAAUAACAUCUUGUAGGAGUGAGAAAGAGCCAGUUAUGAGUGGGGGGGAAGUUCAUGAGGCAGUGGGUAGAAUGAAAGGGGGUAAGGCAGCUGGGAUUGAUGGGAUAAAGAUAGAAAUGUUAAAAGUAGGUGGGGAUAUAGUUUUGGAGUGGUUGGUGCUAAUAUUUAAUAAAUGUAUGGAAGAGAGUAAGGCACCUAGGGAUUGGCAUUGGCAGAGAGGAUGCAUAGUUCCUUUGUAUAAAGACAAAGGGGACAAAAUAGAGUGCAAAAAUUAUAGGGGAAUAAGUCUGUUGAGUACACCUGGUAGUGUAUGGUAGUCAUUAUUGAAAGAAUUAAGAAUAAGAUAGCAGAUGAACAAGGAGACUUUAGGAAAAGUAGUGGGUGUGUAGACCAAGUGUUUACAGUGAAACAGUUAUUUUUUUUUUUUAUUAACACACUGGCCGAUUCCCACCAAGGCAGGGUGGCCCGAAAAAGAAAAACUUUCACCAUCAUUCACUCCAUCACUGUCUUGCCAGAAGGGUGCUUUACACUACAGUUUUUAAACUGCAACAUUAACACCCCUCCUUCAGAGUGCAGGCACUGUACAUAUAGGUGAACAGUAUUUAGAUAGGGGUAAAGAGGUUUUUGUGGCAUUUAUGGAUUUCGAAAAGGCAUAUGACUAGGGGGGCAAUGUUGCAGGUGUAUGGAAUAGGAGGUAGGUUUCUGAAAGAAGUGAAGAGUUUUUAAGAGGAUAGUGAGGCUCAGGUUAGAAUAUAUAGGAGGGGAAGAGAUUAUUUCCCAGUAAAAGUAGGCCUUAGGCAAAGGUGUGUGAUAUCACUGUGGUUGUUCAAUAUAUUUAUAGAUGGGUUUGUAAGAGAAGUGAAUGCAAGGGUCUUGGCACGAGGUGUGGGGCUAAAAGAUAAAGAAUAACACAAAAUGGGAGUUGUCACAGUUGCUCUUUGCUGAUGACACUGUGCUUUUGGAAGAUUCUGAAGAGAAGUUAAAGAGGUUGGUGGAUGAAUUUGAUAAGAGUAUGUAAAAGAAGAAAAUUAAAAGUGAAUAUAGGAAAGAGUAGGGUGAUGAGGAUAAAAAGAUUAGGUGAUGAAAGAUUGGAUAUCAGAUUGGAGGGAGAGAGUAUGGAGGAGGUGAAUGUAUUCAGAUAUUUAGGAGUGGACGUGUCAGCAGAUGGGUCUACGAAGGAUGAGGUGAAUCACAGAAUUGAUUAGGGGAAAAGGGCGAGUGGUGCACUUAAGAGUCUGUGGAAGCAAAGAGGGGAAUGUAUGAGAGUAUAGUUAUACCAACACUCUUAUACGGGUGUGAAGCAUGGGUGAUGAAUGUUGCAACGAGGAGGAGGCUGGAGGAAGUGGAGAUGUCAUGUGUGAGGGCAAUGUGUAGUGUGCAUAUAAUGCAGAGAAUUCGUAUUUUGAAAAUUAAGAGGAGGUGUAGGAUUACCAAAACUAUUAUCCAGAGGGCUGAGGAGGGGUUGCUGAGGUAGUUCAGACAUGUAGAGUGAAUGUAACAAAACAGAAUGACUUUGAGAGUGUAUAAAUCUGUAGUGGAGGGAAGGCAGGGUAGGGGUCGGCCAAGGAAAGGUUGGAGGGAGGGGGUAAAGGAGGUUUCGUGUGCGAGAGGCUUGGACUUCCAGCAAGCAUGCUUGAGUGUAUUUGAUAGGAGUGAAUGGAGACAAGUAGUUUUUAAUACUUGACAUGCUGUUAGAGUGUGAGUAAAAUAACUAUUUAUGAAGGGAUUCAGGGAAACUGGCAGGCCAGAUUUGAGUCCUGGAGAUGGGAAGCACAGUGUCUGCACUGUGAAGGAAGGGCGUUACUGUUGCAGUUUUAUAAAUGUAGUGUAAAGCACCCCUCUGGCAAGACAGUGAUGGAGUGAAUGAUGAAAGUUUUUCUUUCUCAGGCCACCCUGCCUUGGUGGGAAUUGACUGAGGUGUUAAUAAAAAAAAAAAAUAGUUUAAGUAUAGUAUUAGGCACCUUAGUAUCUGUGGAGGAUUAAUGAACAGUCUAAUCAUAGCAGUACUGUAUUUCCUUAAUUAUUUCUAUAGUAAACUCAAUUUAAGACUAUUGGAGGGUCACAACACCCAUCCAAUGUUACUAAUAGAUUGUCCUGCCUAUCAGAGUGUACAUACAAAUCACAUCCAAUGUCUUAACUGUUCCAACACUUUUGGUGAAAGUCCCAAAUUUUAUGUAGCUGAAGCAAUCUAUUGCACCAACUCUGAUUUAAAUUCUGCUUGUGUUAGCCCCUACCCCUAUUAACCCUUAACUUUACAUACCCCUAUCUCCCACUAAAUUGUCCUUUGCAUAUUUCUACUUUAGCUCAUCUCCACAGCAGUAUGACCUUAAAGGUUUAGCACUUAAUUUAAUGAUAAGUGAGGAGAGUGGGUGACAGGUAAUGGCAAUAGUGGAGAACAUUUCUUUUUGCUGUGAUCAAAACGGAUAAAUCUGUAAUCAGUCAGUUGACCCGGCAGAUUUUGUCCCAUAUUUCUGAAGUAUAUUAAAUCAAGGAUUUCUUGUACAGUACUGUACCUAGAAUAUAUCUGGCCAUUGAAGUCUUGUUGCACAUGUAAGUACAUACUGUAGUAUAGCAUACAUUAAAAGUAAAUGAAGCAUUUAAAUUUUUUGUUUCUUCCAGCUAGUGAUACGUGUUAAUGAAAGCUAAUACACAUACUUGACUCUGCAAAUCAAGUUCCACCUCCCGGUCUCUUCAAACAUUAAUUAACAGAAAUUGUAAUACUAACAGACUACCUGGACCUAUGAGGUAAUGAAAGUGUGUUCUUAUAUUGUUUAAUCUAAUUGUCAUGAACACCAGAGUGGCCUAUUUGUCUGCUCAAGAUGACAGCCAGAAUUGACCACCACUAUGGAAGGGCAUGAGCUACAAAUCUCAGACAAACAGUAAGACUAGGUCAGCCAGGAAAGAUAAUUAUUAUAAUCAAAAAGAAGUGCUAAACCACAAGGACUAUCAGGAAAGAUAAGAGCUGCACAUUCCUAGCCCCUCCAAGGAGGCUCUUUGAUGCUGGUGAGCCCUUGUGGCUUAGCGCUUCUUUUUGAUUAUAAUAAUAAUAAUAAUUUGAUGCUGGUGAGGAGCUAUUGAUCUAAGGAAUUGGACCUGUGCUCCCAUUGGUCAUGAGAUGUUGGAUCUGUCUUGGGGCAUUAGUGGUGUUAUAGAGCAUUAUAGCUUACUUCUGUAGUGUUUUUGAGUGUGUUCAGGGCAUUGAAGUUCUACUUCUCAAGGAAGAAAAUAGGAAAACUGAAAUUUGUCUGUAAAGUAUAGCAUUGAAUGUGAGGUAGUUAGGGUAAGUGAAGGGAAGCAGGUUGGCAGCAGUUACAAGUGGGAAGUAGUUCCCAUUAAAGGGAGAAACAUUAAGUUGAGGAAGGUUAAAGGAGCAGAAUUGAAGGUAGGAAAUUGCUUUUCUGUUCUCCAGGAUGAUUGUACUUUAGUGGUUAGUGAGGAUAAAGGUACCACUAACUCCUCUGCUAAUAAAGGGAGGAAUAUCCUUGUGGUCGGUGACUUGCAGGUCAAAUAUAUGGACCAUGCCUUCUAUAAAAGAUAAGAAGGUUAGACAGAGGGUAUUUCCACUGGUAACUCCACCUACCACUGCUUCACAUCUGUCUGCAGUAUACAUUAUAACCUACUCCUCUGUAGACAUGCUGUAUUUUUAUCAAGGUUGAUGGACUGAACAGACUCCAGGAUGAAGGAAUGAUUAUCUCAAAUUCAUUUUCCACCAUUCUUUCUAUUGGACUGAACCAGUUACUGGGUGGCAAAACAUUUCCAGAAUAAAGAUACCCAUUUAUACGAAUUAUAUUUACUGCUAACUCAUAAAUAGUACAUAUUCCUGGACUGAAAAUCUUGAUACCCACAAGGAUACUUUGCAUACAGGAGAGCCAUGAUGAAUGAAAUAUUACUGUAGUGGAAUCUGACAAGGAUACAUAUAGGACCUUAUAUUGUUCCUAGUGUAUAUUACUGACUUGGCAACAGAAAUAAACUACUUACUCAUCUUUGAAUAUGAAGCUAAAAAAAAAAUGAGAAGACAGCAUGAUAAGCUGACAGGGAGUAUGUACAUUCUGGAUGGAUGAAAGAAGGGUUAGAAGCCAUCAUCCCAGAAAGUGUUUGGAGAGAGUGAAAAGGUUUGAGCAGUAUAGGAGCUUAAGCAUCCAGCACAUGAGUCAGAGCCAUAUCGAAGGAACUGAAGGAGUUGAAAUUUCAUGACCAUUGCCAGACUAGGCUCAAAAUUUCAGACAUUUUGAAGUACAGUAUCUCAAAAUAAAAAUAAAAAAUUUUUUUUUAGUUUGGAAAUUGGGAGAUGUGGAGGAAGGAUUGUUGAGGUGGUUUUGGUCAUUUAGAGGAUGGAGCAAAAUAGGAUGACUUGGAGGGUGUACAAGAGGCUUGGAGAUACAGCAAGCAUGUGUUGAGCGUGUUAACAGUGAAUGGAAAAGAAUGGUGCAGUUCCAAAAUUAUUAUAAUCAUAACUAAGUGCUAAACUCAUGAGGGUUUAACACUUCUAGAAGCUAUUUGAAUUGUGAUGUACACACACAGCUAUUAAACGAAUUAAAGUAGAUCUUUCUUUCUUUGAGUCACCCUACCUUGUUGGGAGACAAUAUGAUAAAAAAAAAAAAAAAGGUGAAAAGCAUUCAAGAACUUUGAAAGAAACUAGUUUAAAAUACUCCUUACCUUUAUGGACAACCUCUCGAGUAGUAUGCAGCACCAGUGAUGAACCUUCACACAGUAAUGCACUAGAAGGUACAAGGAUAUUCACAGUGCUGCUAUGAAGAAAGAAAUAUUAAGGCUGUAGCAUACAAAAUAGCCCUGGGCAUAGUAGUAGUAGUAGUAGGAAAGGAUAGACCCUUUACCAGAGAGAGUGAUGGCAUGGUUAGAGAUUACACGCCCAAAUGAACAAUAAGGUUAUCAGAAAACGCUUCUCUGAUAUAUUAGUAGUAAAGAGGUGGAAUUAACCAAACAAUGAAACAUUGUAAGCAAAUUCUAUGCAGGGGUUUAAAAAUAGGUGUGAUAGGAAGGGCCUGUUUUACAUAGUUAAACUGAAAGUUAUGAAGCAGAACCAAGAAAUCAGAGGUUAUCCCACCAACUCGAGUAGGAAAUUACACACAUGCAUAUCACUAAAACAUAAUUACACGUGUGCACAUAAAUUUUAAUUCAAACUUAGCUGUAUUCAUUCAGAUAUUUUAAAAUGCAAUCAAUUAUUGCAGUAUAGGAAAUUACAAGUUUCCAUUUGUUAAACUUCUUACCCGAGGUUUAUUUUUAAAAAAUCUGCAAGUAUUAUACUAUGUUUAAUCAGGUAGGCUUUUGUUACCUACAUUCUAGACUGCAAUAUUCAUACCGUACCAGGAUUAUUUUAUAUGCUAUAGUAUACAAAAAGAUUUAACCCUUUGACUGUCACAACCCCAAAUCCCGAGGUGUCUCCUGGUAUCGAAAAAAUUUUGGAAAAAAAAAAAAAAAAAUCUUAUGAAAUUAUAGAGAAUCUUUUCCCAAUGGUAAUGACACCAAAAGAAUGAAAUUUGAUGGAAAACUUAUGGAAUUACGCUCUCGUGAAGUUAGCGACCUCGGCGAUGUUUACGAAUCGGUGAUUUCACCCACUUUGAGCCCUAUUUUCGGCUAAUUCCAUUGUUCCAGUCGACCAAACUCAUAGCUAUUUCUUUAGAACUCCAUUUGUUCUAUCGAUUGAGUACAAGAAACUGCCCAUUUACCAAUUUCAACUACCCAAUAAUGUGGUCAGAAAUUUGCAAUUUGGCCAAUUUCACACAAAUAAAAAAUGCCAAAUUUCAAAAUAGGGUCCAGAAUGAACAAUGCAGACAUUCCUGGCUCUAAAAUAACAUUUUCUUUGUUCAUCAGUCAUGUCUCCAGGCCCCUCUGAUAUUACUCUUGCUUUCCAUUUU